AUGAAGUCCACCACGAUCCUCAGCGUUCUGUCCUCCGCUCUCCUCACCUCCGCCCUUCCUGUGCCGCAGUACGAUGCCCCUGCGCCAACCUCCAGCUAUGGCAUCGCGUACGACCUGAUGGCCGAUGACGGCUCUUGCCGCUCCAGCACCCAGAUCGCCAGCGACGUUGCCUCGAUGGCCGCUCAAGGCUACAAGCAGAUCCGCACCUACGACGUGGGCUGCGACGUCGGCGCGCUCGCCGCGGCCAUCUCCCAGAACCCCGGCCUCUCCCUCUUUGCCGGUAUCAACGGCAUCUCCAACGUGCAAUCGGACCUCUCCAAGCUCAUCAACUACCUCUCCGCCCACUGGGAUGUCGUGCACACCGUCAACAUCGGCAACGAAGUCGUCAACUCCGGCGCCGGCAGCGCCUCGGCCGUUGCCUCGGCCGUGGCAGCAGGCCGCAGCCAGCUCGCCGCCGCAGGCUACUCCGGCAACGUCGUCACCGUUGACACCUUCGUCGCCAUGAUCGCCAACCCCGUGCUCUGCGAGGUCAGCGACUACUGCGCCGCCAACGCGCACGCCUUCUUUGACGGCAACGUCGACGCUUCCGGCGCCGGCGAAUUCGUCCACCGCAUGCAAGGCCAGGUUAGCCAGGCCGCCGGCGGCAAGCGCACCGUCAUCACCGAGAGCGGCUGGCCCAGCUGCGGCGCGGGCAAUGGCGCCGCUCAGACCGGAACGUCCCAGCAGCAGGCUGCCGUCAGCAGCUUGAAGGCCGCUUUCCAGAGCACUCCGGAGGACCUCUUCUUGUUCCAGAGCUAUAACGCUGUGUACAAGCACUCGGGCGCCAAUGCCGCCGAGCAGUGCUGGGGUAUCAUGGGUGGUGGCCAAGGUGGCUGGUAA